AUGGUUUUCACGGUCGAGGCCAAGCUCAGAGAGUUCGUGGAAGGAGGCAAGCCCGACGAAAUACAGGAGUGGGCGCACAGCUGCAGGGGCGCAAAGACGCCAGAGGAGGACGACCUAGACCAAAGCGUAGGGUGCCAUCCAUUGAAGCUCGACGCGGACGCAAACAACGCGCGGCUGCAGGUCGAAAAGCUGCAGGCGCAGGAGCUCAGUCAAGCGACCUCCGACCGCCCACAGUCGGGCAAGGCACGGAGGUUGCCAGGCCUCGUGCUCCCUGAAGGAGAAGAAAUCCAGGCCUCGGCGCGCCGCGGCCGCGGGCGCCACGGCGAGCUGGCAGGAGGCUCGAGGCUGGAAGAGGGCGGCAUCGACCGCAGCGAGCUCGGCAGCGACCGAGCAACCGGCAGGGGCCGGGAAGAGAGCGACGCAGCGAUUGAGACCAGGCGCAAGGCCCUCCAGUUCAAGCACGACUUGAGGGAGGCAGGCAACAGGCUUCGCGACCUCGCGCACAUCGAGGACCAUCCUUCGGAGAACUCCUCAGACGUUGUCGAGAGAACGCAGAAGGAAGUCCUAGGCCGGAUCACGGACCUCGAGCGUACGAGGCAGGAGAUAGCUGAGAGCAGGGAGGAGCUCGCCGAGAGACACGCUCAGUUCGAACUGCUGAGGCAGGAGUUCGCGGCUCGAAUGAGUCAGACCGCCGACGAGAUGAGGAGGCUGGAGAACGAGAAUCAGCGGCUUCAGCAACAAGUAGCAGGAGGCCUCGCGGCAAUUCCGCAGGCGAUAGAACGUAUGGGCGAGCAGAUCAGAGGCGCGUCGAGCGCGGGAGGAGCCGCUCAAGGUCUCGUCGACACGAAGGGGAUUGGCAAGCCCACGACGAUGGGCGACGAUCAAGAGAAGUUCGGGGCUUGGAAUCGCAAGAUGGAGAACUACGUGAUAGGCGUGUACGGAGAGAGCUUCCGUCCCGUUCUUCGGUGGGCUGCAGAAGCCGAACGCCCCGUGACGAUCGAGGGGGCACAGGCGGCGCACGACGGAGUACCAGAGCUGGAGACCAAGGUCAACCAGCUGUACGCGGCGCUGAUCAGCACGACGGCGGACGGCAGCGAGAGCAACGACCUCGUGACGGGCGCCCCCGAUGGGAACGGUCUCGAAGCCUGGCGGAAGCUCCACCGCAGGUGGGAUCCGACGACAGGUCCGAGGAAGAGGCUGAUCCUGAGGUCGAUCAUCUCGCCUCCGAAGUGCAGCGCGGACGAGCUGGGAUCAGCCUUAGAGAAGUGGAUCCAGCAGAUAGGCAGGUACGAACGCCGCCAAGGAGAAGAUGGUCUAGCCGAGCUGCCGGAGGAUAUCAAGAUGGCGGCCCUCGAGAUGCUCGUGCCUCAGGACAUCGAGAACCACCUCGUCCUCAACAAGCAUCGGCUCGUCACGUUCCAGGACAGUCUGAACGAGGUGAUGACGAUCGUGGAGGCUCGGACCGGCCAAAUCGACGAACGGAUCAUACUCAGGCUCCCGCACGUCCCCGACGGGUUCGGGCCGUGGUUCAGGGCACACGGCACCUCGAAGCACCAGCGGGCGCUUCGACGGCUACUGUCGGAACUGCGAGAGAUGGGGCCACAAGGCAUCCGACUGCUGGAAGAGAGAGCAGGGAUCGACGCUGGUGGUAAAGUCGGUAGCCGCGGUGGCAAGGCCGGCGGCAAGGCGGCAGGCAGCCUGGAGGAGGAGCCUGAAGCGGAGGUCGCCGCUCUGGACAUGGGCAGCCUGGACUGCCUGGAGCUCGCCAGCGGCAGCGGCCGCGGCGUAGCGGCGGUCGAUCUCUCCCCCUUCGCGCAGGACGACUGGAUGAAGUUCAACUGGGACAGCGGUGCAGCUAUCUCAGCAUUCCCUCGGAGCUUCGCGCCGCCGACGGGAAUGAAGGGCAACGGCAGCACGUAUCGCACGGCCAGUGGUGAGCUCGUCCCGGACGAGGGCAGCUUGCAGCUCAAGGCGGAGGACGAGUACGGAGUGCUACGAGCGCUCAAGGGACGCGUGACGAACGUGCACAAGCCGUUGAUCUCGGUGGGGCAGGCAGCAGGAGCUGGACAGUGUUCAUUCCUGGGCCGCAAUGGCGGCUGGAUAUUCCACGAGAAGAGCCCAAUCGGCAAGCGCGUGGUAGGCAUGCUCGAGAAGGAGGCGAAGGCGGCGAAGCACCAGAUGCUGCCGGUCUAUCGCGAGCAGGGUGUCUACAACUUCUACCUCAAGAAGGGCCAACAUGGCUCGGUUGCUCCUCUCGAGGAGGGACUUUCGGCAAAGUCAAAGUCCGAGCUGGUGGAGCUCCUCAGCGGCAAGUCGAAGGAGGAGCUGCUGGAGAUCCUCGAGAAGACAGACGACGAGACAGCGGUGCCGGUGGUCUCGUCCGACUACGCCUUCAUGGGCCAGGACGACGCGGACACCAUGCCGAUGCUGGUCCUUAGGGAUCGGCGCUCGAAGAUGAUGGCAGCGACAUUCGUGGAGAAGAAGGGCGACGACGCCUACGCCAUCAAGUUCUUCGCACGCUUCUUGCGGAUCCUGGGCUACAGGAAGAUCGUCAACAAGUCCGACGGCGAGCCAGCGAUCCUGCUGGUCAAGAGGCGUGCGGUGGAGGAGGUUCCUGGCCUCGAGGCCAUUCCCCAGGAAUCGGCGCCGGCCGAUCAUCAGGCCAAUGGGGAGAUCGAGGUCACGGUGCGCGAGAUCAAGAAGCAGGUGCGGGCGCUCAAGAUGGACCUGGAGUCCAAGCUGGGCGUCAAGGUGGAGGACAAGCACCCGGUGCUAGCGCACCUGCCGGAGCACGCCGCAUCGGUAAUCAACCGAUACCGGCGCGGCCAGGAUGGCAAGACCGCUCUUCAGCGGCUCACGGGGCGGCAGUGGAGGAAGCCGGUCCCGCUCUUCGGCGAGCGCUUGAUGGCGCGGUUCGCCGGGGAGCGCGCGAGGAAGAACGCGCUGGAGGAGCAGAUGGUGGAGGCUCGCUACAUCGGCCACCACCCGCGCGACGGCUCGAUGAUGGUCAUCACGAGCGACGGCGCGAAGAAGGCGGUCGGCUUUCGCAGCCUGCCGCAGAGCGAGAAGUGGAUCACGGCGGGCUGGGAUGGCCUGAAGGGCCUGCCGUGGGACGUGGCUCCGCGUGCGGCAAGCGCGCCGCGGGCCAUCGUCGGACCUGGAGAGGUCGGUCCGCCACCAAUUGUGGUGGUGUCGCCGCAGCCGCAGGCGCCGAGGAGGAUGUACGUCCUCAAGGCGGACAUCGAGCGGCUGGGCGCAACGCCGGGAUGCCCAGGGUGCGUCUCGAUCGCCAAGCACGGCCGGGUGCUGGCUGGCCACGCGCACAACGCGGUGUGCAGCAAGAGGAUCUUCGAAGCGCUGGACGCGGAGGAGGCAGGCCGGGAGAGGACCGGCCAGUAUCGAGAGCGGAGGCAGGGCCAAGAGGCCAGAGUCCGACCGGCGGCAGCGGCCGCGGCAGGGACCCCUCCGCCGAAGACGGCUCGGAGGAUCACCGAGCCGGUGGCAGCGGCGGCAGCGGCAUCGGCCGCGCCGGCCGCGACCCGAUCGGCAGCAGCGCCAGCCGUGGCAGCCACAGCGGCGCGCAUGCGAGAGAGCCAGCCGGUAGCACCGGGCUUCGGCGUGGCGGCUCCUUCAGGAGGAGCGAGCUCCAGUUCGGGAGCGGCGCGAGCGGCAGAGGCCGCCGCGGAUGUCGACAUGACCGCGGCCAGGUCGCGGCUGAAGCGCUUGGCAGAGGUGGCCCCGGAUGACGUGCCGGAGGCCCUCGAGCGCGGUGAUCCACAGCCGGCAGACGUGCCGGUACCGGUGGACAUGGAGGAUCUCGCGGCGCAGCCGGCGCCAGCGGAAGGACCUCAGCUGCCAGCUGGAGUGGCAGUCGUGUGGAACGCCAGUGAGGGGAGGCACAUGCGGGUGCUCGCCCUCGAUGUGGCGUCGAUCGAGCUGGUUGAGCUCGGAGUGCUGACGAGAGCGAAGGCGGAGUUGCUCCCGCUCGUUCGCGAACAGGUCAGUGGCCAUUGGGCCAGCGCCGGCGUGGACAUCGCCGACGAAGAGGUGGACAGCAUCGCCCUAUCGGCGUUGCAGCUGGGCGCCGUGGACGUGGCCGAGGUGUACUCGCCACAUCGGUUCUCGGCUCGGGCAGCGGAAUUUCAGCUGCGCCCGGGCUUCGCGGCGGACCUGGAGGAACUCAAGGAGGACGGGACGCCGUGGGACUUGCGGCGCCCCGAGGAUGUCAAGGAGCUCGAGAGGCAGCAGGAGCGGAUGGAUCCCAUCCUGCUCACGGGGUCCCCUCCAUGCGAGAAGUUCAGCUUGCUGAGGGGCCUGAGCGCCAAGUUCAGGACCGAUGAGCAGGAGGCGGCUGAGAUGGAGGAGGCCAGACACCACCUGAAGGUGGCAGUCGACGCCUACUGGCGUCAGCUCAGGAAGCCAGGCAGGUACUUCCUGCAUGAGCAUCCCUGGAGCGCGCGAUCGUGGAAUGAGGACAUCGUCAAGGAGCUGGUCGCGCAUCCAGGAGUCUUCACGGUCAAAGGCCCCAUGUGUCGGUGGGGCAUGAAGCUCACGAACCCACGCAGUGGCCAGGAGGAGUUCGUGCGCAAGGAGACCGGAUGGGUCACCAACCAUCCAGGCUUAGCCCGGAGGCUGCAGGGCACUUGCAGCAAUGUGGACGGCCGCGCGGAAUGGCAUCGCCACAUCACGCUCGUGGGCGGCAUCGCGCGGUUCGCGAAGGUCUAUCCACCGAAGUUGGUGGAGGCGGUGCUGGAGGAGCUCAAGGACACGCUGAAUGACGUGGGAGAGCUCAGCACCGCCCAGGUGCAGCAGUCGGGCCCAGUCCCUGUGGACGCGGCAGUGCCGCCCGGGGACUGGACGAGUUACUGGGACGACGUCAAUGGCGGCUACCUGGAGGCGGGCCUUGUGGCCCAGGCUCGCGCGGUCGAGCGCGAGUGGGUCAAGAAGCAGGAGCUGAUCGAGAUCGUCCCGAGGUCUCAGGCUUUCGCCGAGACUGGGCGUCCGCCCAUCCCACUCAAGUGGGUCGACACGAACAAGGGUGACGCGGAGAGGCCCAACUACAGGAGCAGGCUCGUCGUGAAGGAGAUCAAGGCGAAGAAGCGCCCUGACGAGCAGCUGGAGGCGUCCGAGGUCUUCUCGGCCAUGCCUCCUCUGGAGGCCAUGCGGUCGCUGGUCUCGCUGAUGGUCACGUGGACGCGGGAAGCACCGCUCCACAUUCAGGAGUCGCUUCGCAAGAAGGGCAGGAAGCCGGGCAACUUCAAGAUCGGCUUCUUCGACAUCAGCAGGGCGCACUUCUACGGGAAGGCGCAGCGGAGAAUCUUCGUGGAGCUGGAGGAGGAGAGUCGCAAGGAGUACGGCGAGGACAAGUGCGGCCUACUCCUCAAGUCCUGGUACGGCACGCAGGACGCCAGCAAGAUCUGGCAGGGCGACUACACGGAGCUGCUGGAGGAAAACGGAUACAAGGCAGGCGUGUCGUGCCCAGCGGUCUUCUACAAGGAGGUGGACGAGACGAGGCUGCUGGGGCACGGCGACGAUUUCGCGGUGCUAGCUCAGCAGCAGGACAUCGACAGCUUCGAGGCCACGCUGGGCAAGAAGUACGAGUUCAAGAAGACUGCGAACCUGGGCUUCGACGAGGGCGAUGACAAGCAGGCGGUCUUCCUGAAUCGGGUCAUCGAGGUCAGUUCGGGAGUUCCGCCUGGCGGUGGCCGGCCCUGCCGGCAUGCGAUGAUCGAGCCGGACAAGCGGCACGCGGAGAUCGUGAUCGACGAGUUGGGUCUCAGCAAGGCCAACGGCGUGGACACGCCGACGGAGAAGCGCAGCGCCGACAAGCAGAUGAUGGAUGCGAAGUCGGCGGCGUUGGGAGCAGCGGAAGCUUCGCGCUUCCGAUCCCUCACCAUGAGGGUGGCCUACCUGUCUCAGGACAGGCUGGACUUGGCCGAGGCAUCGAAGACACUCGCCAGGUCCAUGCAGACGCCAACGGAGGCGAGCUGGCUCAUGCUCAAGAGGGUUGGCCGCUACCUCAAGCGGCAUCCUAGCACGGUGACGGUUUUCACGGAGCAGAAGACGUUCGACAAGAUCCGGGUGUACGUGGACUCCGAUCAUGCAGGCUGUGCAGUCACGCGGAAGAGCACAGGAGGCUUCGUGGCGAUGCUAGGGCAUCAUGUAGUCAAGCACGGCAGCAACCUGCAGUCGACGGUUUCAUUGAGCAGCGGGGAGAGCGAGUACUACGCCCUGGUAAAGGGCGGGAGCGUGGGCCUAGGCCUUCACAGCCUCUUCGCGGACUGGGGGCUGGACCUGAAGGUGGAGCUCGCCUCGGAUUCAUCGGCGGCCCGGGGCCACGUCCAACGGCGAGGUCUCGGGAAGAUGCGACAUGUUCAAUCACGGUACUUGUGGAUCCAGGAGCGUGUUGGCAAGGGCGACAUCUCGAUCGCUGCGGUUCCUGGCAAGAACAAUGUCGCGGACGUGCUGACCAAGAGCGUGGGUGGAUCCCUUUUGAGGAGACACAUGGCGACGCUGAACAUCUGGGAUCGGGCACCGAGUUCGACUCAGAAGGACUUCAAGUGA